CAAGAAUCAAGCGAGAAUCUAGGCAGGACGCAUGUAUAAAGCGAAAAAUCUCCCUUGGAAAGAGUCGUUCGUAUCAUACAUUGCAUAUGGUAUAUUGUUGUACCUGCAUACUACUCUUACUAAAGUCGCACAUGACCCGACACUUUUUCUGAGUGAUAAACUAAAAGCACCUCCAUUCUCCAUUAAUAUUGUUAUCCGCCAAAUUUUUCAAAAACAUCAUUUUUGCCUGAAAAGUUCUUUGCAAGCUUUGUAUAUCCAAAAUGCCCUCACCUAAGGAGAAUUACCAGCCACUUCAAGAAAUGAGCGAGGGCGACGAAGAUUAUAUCCCAUCACUCAAGCCACCGAAAAAGAGACUUUUCAACCUCGUCACUAUUGCGUUGAUUACAUCGUUGUUCUUGAAUGUACUAUUUGGUUUGAGAUUAUUCAGCUCCUUUCUCACAAAGAAAGAGAAGGAUGUUUCUAAAUUUGGUAGGUUGCCACUCGCUUUAUUUUGGAGUAGACUAAUGUAAAUUAAAAGCUGGCUUGGCACGAGACCUGAUCGUAGUAAACCAUGGACACACCGAGUAUUCUGAUAUCAAUGACACCGCGGCGGAUUACCACUGGGACCGCCUAGACACAGAAUCCGGAUUGAUUACUCUCACAGACGAUUACGCACGAUCGAAGGGUCUUGUCUUAGGAGCCAGAUAUCCCUGGAAUCAUGAGAGGGGUGUCUAUUGGUUACAAAGCUCUCAUAAUCUGCAUUGCCUUGUAAGUGAAGAGGCUAACAAACACGAAGGCACCAGACUAACUGCUCCCAGAAACUUAUCCGCCGAAGCAUCGUUGACUUCAGACAUGAUCGGCCUCAAGCGCUUACAAGGGAACAUAUCAACCACUGUCUAGACGCCUUGAGGCAGAAGACAAUGUGUGAUGCUUCAGAUCAGCCCCUGAGUACUAUAGAGGGACAUUACUCUGAUACAGGACAUGGACUGGUUAUGCAAUGCCGCAGCUGGGAUAAAUUGUUAACGUGGUCCAAGGACGUGAAAAGGGAAUCGUGCUUUAGAUGGAUCGACGAAUAUAGGACGCCAGAGUGGUUAUAUGAGCGCUUUGGGUUUUGCCCUGAGAAUUCAGUAGACUACCCUGCAAAGGAACAAUACUUCCAAAUUCAUGGACACCACGAUCCAUGGGGAUUUGACUCGUAAGAAUUUAGCAUCAGCAUUAGCAAUAACUUAAUCAGGCAGUCAACAGUUGUUCAUAUGAGGUCAGGUGUUGCAAUUAAAGAAAUCCAACAUCUGAAGAUAAAGUCCAAGUUAUACUCACGUGCCCUCCAUUGGCUGAUCAUGAUUACAGAGUUGAGCCGCCGCAAACGAUUGUUCUCAGAGCCGAACCAACCUCCCAAUAAAUCUUAGCGAUAUCGAUAUCGAUGAACUAUCAUGGUAAUCCAAUUGCUACAUUCCAAAUAGCUCUUGCAUU